UCCAGUUCUGUGGAGCGUAGAUGUUCCUGUAAUGAUUUUACAAAGGUUUUCAUGUGGUACAUACAGUACUGAGAACAUCCCAUUGUGAUGCCCCAUAUGAUGUUGGGCUUUUAGUGUAUAGGGUGGUCUAAAAUAGCAGCUGAGGUCUUUGUUUCUGUAUUAUCUUGCAAGUCACUGGAUGCACAGAUGAAAAGGAUUCAGUACCUGAAUUGUUCUGUUAUAAACACAGGGUUCAGAAUAAGAGAAUCUGUAUGCAGGAGGUUGCUGGAAUUGGAAGUGAUGAAGCAACCAUUAUCUCAGGGACAAAGCUCGCUCAACAAGUUUUGAAAGAAGUUCAAAGGGAUGUAGAAUUGUGGAUGUCCUUUGGAAACAAGAGACCUCAUCUCACUGUCAUAUUAGUAGGAGACAAUCCAGCUAGUCAUAUUUAUGUCAGAAACAAGAUAAAAGCAGCUGCAGCUGUAGGCAUUUCUAGUGAGAUCAUACUGAGGCCUAAAGACAUUUCUCAGGAAGAACUCUUAGAUAUGACUGUAAAACUCAACAAGGAUUCAAGAGUUAGUGGUUUGUUAGUUCAGCUACCUCUCCCAGAUCACAUCGAGGAGAGAGCUGUUUGUAAUGCUAUCGCUCCUGAAAAGGAUGUGGAUGGAUUUCACAUUAUGAACAUUGGACGCCUGUGUCUUGAUCAGCCUUCUAUAAUACCUGCCACUGCUGCUGCUGUUUGGGAGAUCAUCAAACGGACAGGAAUACAGACAUUUGGGAAAAAUGUUGUAGUAGCUGGAAGAUCUAAGAAUGUUGGAAUGCCUAUUUCAAUGCUUUUGCAUACUGAUGGAGAGCAUGAAAGGCCUGGAGGUGAUGCUACAGUGACCAUCACUCACAGAUACACACCAAAAGAGCAGCUCAAGAUCCAUACGCAACUUGCCGACAUUGUAAUUGUAGCUGCAGGUAUCCCAAAGUUGAUUACAGCUGACAUGGUCAAAGAAGGUGCGGCUGUGAUUGAUGUAGGCAUCAACCGUAUCCAUGACCCUCUUACGGGAAAGACCAAACUAGUUGGGGACGUGGACUUUGAAGCAGACUACACUGAGCAGCCAAAGCUCAUGAAGCUUAUGCAGACUUGUCUUGAAGAACACCACAGCUAUUGUAUCAAUGGGCUCUGUGCUUUCCACAGCGAGUUGAGGAAACCCAUAUGCAAGUGCCUUGCAGGUUAUAAUGGUGAGAGGUGUGAACAUUUAACACUAAAUUCGUAUGCACACAAUUCUUACGAACGCUACAUUGCUGUGGGAAUUGGUGUGGGAAUACUGACGAGUGGAAUACUUGCUAUCAUCUACUGCUACGUAAGAAAGAGGUAUGGGAGAUAUGCAACCUUCUCAUCACAUUCAUCUGAAUUGUACUGGGCAGGAAGAAACAGCGUGUGGAAUUUUGAGGGCAUGAGGAGUGUGUUCUUGCCUGUUGCUGAUCUGUGGUGUGAUCUUCAAGGAACUGACACCCCACUUCUGCUUUCCAUCUGCCUUGGGUCUGAAGUCAUCUUCAUUGGGGCUGCCUAAAUGAGUUGGGCAAUUAGAUUCAGGUUCUGUUCACACUGCCAUGGUUUUAGGUUGGUCUGAUUAACAUCAUGUUGCAUUGUCUGUUUUAGAUGCAGGAAGUUGAAAUCCCCCUACAGAGUCUGCAUGGGCGAGACGGCGUUGUGAAGAUGUGGCAUUGGGACACUUACCAAUUUGCCUGUAAAGGAGAGGAUGUCCUGCUGGGAAGGUCACCCUGUGCCAUCUGGCAGGUACCCCAGCCUCGCUGAUGGGAGGACAUGAAGGGAAUGGCAGAGCAAGUACCUGAAAGGAACUCCUGCAGAACUGAUGGACUCCAUUCACGUGUGAAGAAAGACUUCCUCCUUGGUAGAGGUUGCUAGAUGAUCAGGUCCAAAAAGCUAAGGAUACUCGCAGCCCUCAACGAUCUCCUGUGGGUGGUAUUUACUGAGGCGAGGACUGCUUGGUUUUAGCUGUUUUCAGUCGUUUCAAGCCCUGGUACAGUGUUCUGCUCUGGCCUUUUCUGGUUGGUUUCUUGGUUUUUGUUUUUCUUUUUUUUCUCCCCUUCCUUUCUCCUCCUCUGGAGGAAAAGCACAACCCAUCUCACAGUGGAGUUGGAUUCUGAACCUCAUGUGCUGACAAGACACCAUUUGGGUUCUGGUUUCAGUGUCUGCUGCCUAUGUGUGUGGAUAAACAGGCCCUUUUCCAACACAGCAGCUACCUGCAGUGUGCUAAACAAAGUUUAGGCUUCUGCUGCCAUCAAGGACAGAACCAUAAAAUGCUUUGGACUGAGCGAAAUGGAUGGUUCUCAAAAGCUUACUUCAACUUAGGAAUAAAGAGUUAAGCACUUCUGGGAAAAUCAGGUCAUGGCACCUCUGGGCAUGGCAAGUUCUUACUGUUUUCACAAGCAGAGGAUUUGGACGUCUCUGUCAAAAUGGAUUAUUGAGGGUGCUCGUGGCAAAGAACUCUACUCUUUCCUAACAUCGUAUAGCAGUUCAUCAGAUCUUCAGGCAGAACAUGCCCUUGCUGCAACCUGAUUUCUGCACAAGACUUCAGUUGGUAGAGAAGCUGAAAUGUUGUUGUUUAACUUCAGUAUGGCUUUGCCCAGGAAACAGACUCUCUUCCUUCUGUUCUCACACUAUGGGCACAAUGUGACCACUCAAAUAAGAAACAAAUGGGGAUUUUGUUCCACCCUGGACAAACAGAUUAUGCAUCAGAUGCUUAGUUUUCCGAGUCUUGUCUAUGAAGAAUUGCAAAGGUAGCAAGAUUUUUUUUGAGGACAAGGGAAGAACAUUGGUUCUGAGACUGUGGGACAAUCUAUGACUUCUCACUGACAGGUGGAGUGUUUGCCAAGUGCUGAUGAGACUGGGGGAUGGCUCUAAGAGAUGUUCAUUUCAGCUGUUGCAUGUUGUACAUGUAUCUGCUGUGCUUAGUCAUCUGUGAGAAAAAAACAGGUACUUCGUGAUUGUAUGGGAUGAUAUAGACUCCUAAAUUGAGGUGCCCUGCUGGAAAGCUCAAUUUCUUUGUAAUGUGAGUUAAUUUUCACAACAGGAUGCAUGUCAUGUGUUGAAAAAACCCUGUGUAUUUGUGAGACUACAAUGAUAAUACUGAAAUGUGUACGAAAGGCUGGGAUUUGAAAGGCAAAAUGUGUGUUAGGCACUCGAGUGGUCUGAAGUUCAGUGGGCUGCUCAUACGGGGGAUCUGGUCAGUACGUGAGUCAUCUUGGUUCUCCAUUUGAUACCAAUAAAAAAAAACAACACAUCACAUGCUGCUUGGUUCGGAUCCUCAUGCAACAGGGUGGAGGAACUGCCAUGUGCAUACACAAAAGGGAUUGGUGAGGAACUGGAUGGAGAGAGGCACCACAUUGACAUGAGCCUUUUGUAAGAGACACUGAGCUGAUUUUCCAACUCAGCCUUUGCUUUCUUCAUCUCCAGCUAAAUCUUCAGAUCUCUGUAUUGUUUGCUCCUUUCCAUUCUUCUGACCUUUUCUUAGUAUCCACUGAGACAACUUCUCUUGAUUUUCAAGUCAACUUUCAGUAGCUGCACUAGUGUUUUCUGUCAUGUGUAGUGAGAGUGCAAUUAUAAUCUGUGUAUCCACAUGCAGACACACAAAAAACCUCCUUCACCCCUUGCACACACUGAACAGACUGAACA